AUGACCGACGCCUGCGCGAAUUUCUUUUUCCUCCUGUUUUUUAUUCCAAUUCCCGACUUGGAGUUGUCCUCUCAACGGGCGGCUUUAGCAGGCUCUGCUGACGAUUGGCGGGCGAUUUCGUUUUCGCGAGCGUUGUUUGCCGCCUACUCGGUGGCAAGAGACUACCAGGGAGAUCUUUUUGAAAUUGGCAUUCGAGCGAAAGUUGUUGAUGGCCAUGAUAAGGGAUUAGGGAGUCGGGUGUAUGGCAAUAGAAUGGGUCAUCAUCGGGUGAACAGAAGAUCAUUCUAUCAGUUACUUGCGAAACAAGAAUCGUUGGUUCACAGCCUAGAUGGAAAUGAACAACCCAUCGUGAACGGUUGUAGUGUUAACCCUGGCCCAGGACGCGACCAGGAGGCCCAGACCGGGUUCGGGAAUGGUCCAGCAGGUUCGGGGAGUGUCAGUGAGUUCACGAUAUGGAGUAAACCAGAUGAGAUGAGCUCCGAUCUGUCUGAACCGCCUCUAGACCGCCGUGAAUACCAGCAAGAAUCCAACGCCAAAGGGGUUGCCGGCGAAGGGCCUCCGACGCUCAAGUCAGUAAAUGGAAGAGAGGAAGAUGGAAGCUCUGAGAAAUACAUGGCUAGAAAUACCUUCCCGAAUUUCUCGGACUGCCCCGGUCAGACUGCCCAUACUUCCACGAGAUUUGAUCUUAUCUGCAUAGCCAUCCACUCCAAGAGGACCAAGAAGUUGCUUGCCGGCACAGCUGCUCCUGAAAAACGUUUGCGGUUUAAGACAACAACAGAUGCCUCUGAGAAACAAGUUAUUGAGGCCAUGCAGAAAAUAGCUUCACACAUAAAGAAUCCAUCAAAGUUCACCAAGGCAUCAAAGCUUGCAAUACAGCUGAUUCAGGCUGGCAGUGUCAAGGAAGAAACCAGCGACUAUUUCUUUUCUAUACUUGAAUCUUCAAUGUCUUCUAUAAAAAAUUGCAAUGAGCCCUCCGUGCGUGCUGAUUAUCAUGCGCUGUUCUCAGCAGCUCAAGAUGUAGCUGAAUGCCUUAAAAUGGAGCAGCGAAAAUUGUUGAGUACAUGGACAAUAAGGGCUGUUUGUGCAAAUGAUCUGUUCACAGAUGAUAGCUUUGUGGUAGCUCAGACCUUUUUAUCCACCUUUCAUCUUCAUGCACCAUCUUCUCUUUUAAUAUUGCCGAUUGCCGAUUCCUCUACUCGUCAUGUCCAUAGUUCUGGUUUUGUUCACCUUGCUCCCUCUAUUUCGAUACACUCUUUCUCGAAAGUAACUGGAAGAAUAAAAGAUCUGAUUUUGACCCUUCCUUUGGCAACUAAAGAAGAUGAUGCGGAAGAAGCUGUGGCCCUAAAAAAUGAGGCCGGCGAGUUGAAUGCAGAUGGACAGCUCAACAAGGAACUCUCUCCUGUUACAUUUAAUGAAGAGGCCGAUGACCCAUAUGGACUAGAUGCCCUGAUAUCAAAGGAGGAAAAAACAAAUAGGAAAAAGGUGCCAUUGUCAAAUUCCGUAAAAGACGAUGAACAACAGAGCAGGAGACUUCUCAAGUUACAGAGAGAGGCUUUGGUCAGCUGUUUAGAGAUUGCUGCAAAGAGAUACAAAACACCAUGGUGCCAGACGACCAUUGACAUCUUAGCGAAGCAUGCAUUUGAUAAUAUUGCAAGAUUCACAACUCAACAACGGGAUGCCAUUUCGAAGCUUUGGGCCUCAAUUAGGGAACAACAAACUCACAGAAAACAAGGAAAGUCUGUGUCUGGGAAACUUGAUGUAAAUGCCUUUGAAUGGCUUCAGCACAAUGUAAUGAUCUUACCCUUAUUAUGUCUUGGUGGCCAAGAAAGGGUUGCUCGAAAGUACAACGUGCUGCCCGGUCCCAGGUCGAGCAGUACGCGUAGGGAUGGUUUUAGGUCGUCAGAUCUCGAUUUGUCUGGCUCACAUUCUAACGAUUCAAUCAACCAAGCGUUUGACGAUCAUAUUAGAUCGCCCUUUGUAGGUCGCGCGCUGGCUUUUCCAGAACGAGUUGGUCCCUCCCGGGGCCUCAGGGAAAAUCCUGAGGGAAAGGUUGACUGGGAUGAGCUCCAACAAGCUUGA